AUGAAGCAGCUCGACGUGCCCGGCGUGGGCCUGAGCUUCAUCGACGGCGGCAAGGUGGUCUGGGCCGGCGGCCUGGGGGUGCGCGAGCUGGGCAAGCCGCAGCCGGUGGACGCCGACACGCUCUUCAUGGCCGCGAGCAACACCAAGGCCAUGACGACCGCGCUGCUGGCGCGCGCCGUGGACGCCGGCAAGCUGCGCUGGGACCAGCCCGCGGCCGAGGCCUUCCCGGCCUUCAAGCUGGCCGACCCCGACGUGACGAAGAGCGUGCAGAUCAAGCACCUCGUCUGCGCCUGCACUGGCAUGCCGCGGCAGGACCUGGAAUGGCUGUUCGGCAACGGCGCCGCACCAGCGAAGACAACCUUCGACCAGCUCGGGGUCAUGAAGCCCACCAGCAAAUUCGGCGAGGUCUUCCAGUACAGCAACCUGAUGGUGGGUGCGGGCGGCUACAUCGCGGCCGCCGCGCUCAAGCCGGGCAAGGAAGUGGGCGUGGCCUACGACCAGGCGAUGCAGGAGCUGCUCUUCGGGCCACUCGGCAUGAAGAACACGACCUUCGACUUCGGCCGCGCGCUGCGCGGCAACCGCGCCUGGCCGCAUGGCGAUGCCUUCGACGGCAGCACGCAGCGCGCCAGCAUGGACGUCAACCGCACCAUCAUCCCGGCGCGGCCGGCGGGCGCGGUCUGGACCUCGCCCAACGACUUCAGCCGCUGGGUGCUGAUGGAGCUGAACAAGGGCAAGACGCCCGAGGGCCAGCCGCUGAUCGGCGAAGCCAACUGGGCCGAACGCUACAAGCCGCAGGUGAUGGUGGGCGAAGACGUCUACUACGGCAUGGGCCUGUUCGUGGACAGGCAGUACGGCAUCACCGUCGCCUCGCACGGCGGCGACAUGCUCGGCUUUCACUCCAACAUGAUCUGGCUGCCCGAGUACAACGCGGGCGUCACCAUCCUGACCAACUCCGACGCCGGCGUGCUGCUGCGCGGGCCGCUGCAGCGCAAGCUGCUGGAGGUGAUGUUCGACGGCCGCCCCGAGGCCGAUGAGCGGCUGAAGGUGGCCGUGGCCAACCGCAAGGCCGAGGCCGACAAGAUGCGCCAGCUGCUGACCCUGCCCGUGCCUGCCGACGCGAUGAAGGUGCUCGCCGCCAAGUACGACAGCCCCGAGCUCGGCGGCCUGCGCAUCGAGCGCAAGGGCGGCAAGCUGCGCUUUCAUUUCGCGCACUGGAACAGCGAAGUCGCACUGCGCAAGAACGAGGACGGCACGCAGAGCUACUGGACCAUCGACCCGGGCAUCGGCGGCAUCGAGCUGGUCCGCGACGACAAGGCCGCCAAGCCGACGCUCAUCCUGCGCGACGCGCAGCACGAGUACCGCUUCGUGGCCGCGCGCUGA